ACAGGCGGGAUGAAGCAGUUGGAGGUGUCCCCAUUGAGUGUUGUUCUGAUUCUUGAACAUGUUGAAAGAGGUUUAUCAUAUGACAGAUGGCUUAGCUUCAUAAUAUAGCCGCUGAGAGCGCCGCCAUGGAUUUCAUCGCGGUGCCAAUCAAGCGGACAUCUGAACAGGACCUGGUUCGGCCGCUAAAGAGCAUCAUCGCUUCAUCGUACAGUACGGCCGACAACCCUGCCGACUAUGCCGACGCCAUUCAGGAGAUGAACAAACUCCGUGCCAGCGCCACUUGGAAGAGCUUCGACAAAACUGAGAGCGCGUUGGAAGUACUGUACCGCUACUACGACCAGCUGUUGGCCACCGAGGCCAAAAUCCCCGCCCAGGAGGUUACCAUUUACUUCAAAUGGAAGGACGCGUUCGACAAGGGCUCAUGGUUGAGCGGACGGCAGAGCCUGACGGUCGCUUCGUUCGCGUUCGAGCGCAUCUGUAUGCUUUUCAACAUAGCCGCGCUACAGAGUCAGAUCGCCGCCGUGCAGAACUUUGAGAGCGACGAUGGUUUGAAGACAGCCGCCAAGAUGCUGCAGCACGCCGCCAGCAACUUCAACCACCUGAAGACGGGCGUCAUGUCUGCCAUCCACCAGGAACCGACGCCGGACCUGAACCCGGAGACGCUGGCGGCGCUGUCACAGCUGAUGCAGGCGCAGGCUCAGGAGGCUUUCGUGUUGAAAGCGAUCCGGGACCAGAUGAAGGAGGCCAUCAUCGCCAAACUGUGCGCCCAGUGUGACGACUACUACUCCGAGUCGCUGAAGGCGAUGCAGCGCGAGUCGGUGAAGAGUCUGUGGGAGCGCGAAUGGCUCUCGACGGUGGCGCUGAAGCAGACGCUUUACCAGGGACUGGCCGAGUACUACCAGAGCCGCGUCUGCAACGCUAACAAGGCAGUCGGCGAGGAGAUCGCUCGGCUGCAGCACGCCGAGAGUCUGAUCCGCUCGGCCGCCACCCGGGCCGGCGACGUUCCCGCCUGGGGUGUGUACGCCGCGCGCGCGCAGCAGGCGCUCGCCUCCGCCAAGAAGGACAACGACUUCAUCUAUCACGAGCGCGUGCCGGACGUGAAGGCACUGGCGCCGAUCGGAAAGGCCGCCAUCGCCAAGCUGCUGCCAGCGCCAGAACACUACAGCAAGGACUUCCGCGACUUGUUCGCCCAGCUGACCCCGGUGCCGGUGCAGCAGGCCAUGGCUGGCUACGAGGUGCGCAAGACAGAGCUGGUCAACACGGAGGUAGGCCGUUUGCGUGAGGCGACCCAAACGCUGAACGGUGUACUGGCCUCGCUGAACCUGCCGGCCGCGCUGGAGGACACCAGCGGUACCGCGCUGCCGAGCAGCAUUCGGGAGAAGGCUGCGCACGUGCGUGAGGAUGGUGGCUUGGCUGCCAUACAGGCCCAGCUGGAGGACCUCCCGGAGCUACUGACGCGAAACAAGGACAUCCUCGAGGAAACGCAACGCAUGCUCGACGAGGAGAAGAGUUCUGAUGACCAGUUGCGCGCGCAGUUUGGUGCCAAGUGGACGCGCACGCCUUCCGCCAAGCUGACCGAGUCGUUCCAGCAGAACGCUGCCAAGUACCGUCAGAUCCUGGCCAACGCCGUGCAGGCGGACUCUGUGGUGCGCGCCAAGUUCGACGCCAACCGCGCCGGGAUCGAGCUGCUCAGUAAGUCGGAGUCGGAGCUGGCGGCGGCCACGCCGCAGGGUCACUCGUCGGUGGACGGCGGAUCGCCGGCCGCCCAGCGACUCAAGGCGCUGAUGGAGCGAGUGGAGACGAUCAAGUCGGACCGGGACGUGCUCGAGUGCCAGCUCAAGUCGGCCACCACCGACCUGAAGUCUGUGUUCCUGCAGGCGCUGCAGGCGGACGGUGCCGUCAGCGAGGCGGCCGUCUCCGAGGAGACGCUGGCCACUACCUACGGACACCUGCGCACCGCCGCUGCCGAGAGCCUGGCCGCGCAGGAGAAGCUGCUCGCCGAAAUCCAGGAGGCCAACACCGAGUUUGUGAAGCAGCGUGGCUCGGGCGGCUCGCAGCGGGAGACGAUGUUCAAGGACCUGGCGACGGCGCACGAUGUGUUCACCGAGCUGCGUGGAAAUCUGAAGGAGGGUAUGAAGUUCUACAACGACCUCACGCAGUUGCUGCUCACCUUCCAGAACAAGGUGUCUGACUUCUGCUUUGCGCGUAAGACGGAGAAAGAAGAGCUGAUGAAGGACAUGACGUCCACCCUGGCCAACCAGCAGGCGGGAUCCGCGCCUAAGGCGCCGGAGACUCCCACGCCUGCCGCGCGCCAGCCGCCGCCGCGUCCGCCGCCGCCCACCACCUCGCCGACCUCGUCCUCCAGCGCCGGCGGCUCUUCGGCGCCGCCCGCGGACCCGGCGCCCAACCCGUACGCCGGCGCGCCGCCGGGGGCGAUGCCCUACCCGUCGCAGCCGAGUAUGCCGCAGCCGUACGCGCCUUACCCGUACUACACUCCAAUGCCGGGCGGCUUUAACCCGUACGGCACCUACCCGGGCGCCAUGCCGCAGCACUACGGGUACCCGUACCCGCAGCCGGGUCAGCCGGGACAGCAGCCGUAUCAGCAGCAGCCGGGCCAGCAGCCGUACCAGCAGCCGCCGGGCCAGCAGCCGUACCCGGGUUACCCGUACCCCAGGCAGCAGUACCGCUAGGCGCGUCUCGCCAGGCGUGCGGCGGGGACGGGGAGAUCACAGACGCCAUUCGUUAAUUCUACGCGGCAGUGUGAGGCGGCACUGCAUUAGUAAUUACGGAGCCAACAGCUGUUCGGCAACAUGGACUCGUGAUGCACGCUGCUUGGCUGGAUUUAAGCACCCGAUGCUGUUGAAUUGGUCUGUUGGACGCGUCUCUUCGCGGCAGAGGCGGCUGGAUCACUCGAUGCCCUCGGUGGCUGGUAGCGCCAAGGUAUUCCGGACGGCGCCCCAGCACUGUGGCGGGAGACUGGCGCAUGGGCCGGAGCAUAUAACCCCUCCGGCUCCAGUGUGCCUUGGGUGAGCUGUUAGUAAAUGCGUUCAUUGUGGCUCUGUUCAGUGCUGCGGCUGAGGUGGGCUCUGGUUCGAUAGGGUGCGUGUGAAUGUCUCUCUGACUCAGAUGCGACAACCCCGUUUCCUGCGUAUCGGGCAUAUGCAAGUACGUAGCGCGGCUGCGGUGACGGCCGGGCGGCAGAGCUCAUGUUGAGUAACGCGGCAACCGUUAUCCUGGUAUGAUACGGUGUUAUAUUGCCGGGCUUUUGUGACUCGUGAUUAAGAUUGUUUAAUGAACAAUAACUGGUUGCUCUACAAAGGGCUACGAUUUGAAAUGAUAACGAUCCGCGGCUGUUAAUGUGAAGCUGGAGAUGCGGCUUUCGUUCGUGUGGCGAACGGCUAACCACGAGAUGCACACUGGGGGAGUACGAUGCUGUCGCUGUGUUGUGGCUUGUGAGAAGUCUUAAAUAAACACAUCCUCUCGGAGAA